GCCCGGUCCUCCUUCCCUGAAAUCCACUUACAGGCGGUAAGCAAGUCCAAGGAUUAGAGACUAUCGGAGCAUUCCACAUUCUGAGCCCUCAUUGUUCAGAGAACCCAUUAGGUUCCAAGACUUGGACAAAGGCCUUAGGCCGUGUCAGAGCUGGGGCAAUGCAGGAGAGUGGUGCCUGAGAGACUCAGAGCAUGGCCAGCUGGAACUACUGUAGCCUGGAGAAGGUGCUGAGCACCCCCCAGUGGGAUCUAUAAAGGACAGCGCCCUGUCCCCAGGAGGUGAAGGGAUUAUGGGGUCCCAAGGUCAAGGUUACCACAACUGGGAGACUACUGGCAGGCGUGCCACCAUCUUCGCCCAGAAAGAAGGGGCUAGGGGUUCAGUGCCUGCUGUACUCCCUGAUCAGCAGGGUGAGAAGCACUUGCUGACACCCCUUACAGGGCUGUACAGGCCUCCUCCGGCCAGGAAGAGCGCCAUGUGCGACUUCAGGGUAAGGUGGCCAGAGCUAGCCCCCAAGGACCAGGAGGCGCAGAGGGAGAACCAACCCGGCUUGGUACUCAGUUCUGACUGGAAGCCCUAUGACCAAAGUUGCUCCUGCUCCUGCUCCUUCUCCUCGGGGAUCAGCCUCAGACGUCAGGAGAGUAGCCACAGUGAGCCCCACGAGGCCCCCAAACUGACUGACUAUUUCCCAGAACCCCCUGAAGAAUCUCCACACAUGACCAUUUUCAAUACCUACUUGAAGCCAGAGUCGAUGACAGCGCUGGAGAAGAAGGUGUGGAGGAAGACCCUGGUGGUCAUGAAUCAGCUGGAGCAGGAGAAGGGGGCUAUUAAGUUCCAGAGAGCGGUGCUGCUCAGGGAAGCCAGGGAGCUCCAAGAAGAACACAGAUUGGAGGAGGCAGAAAAAAAGCCCUUCCUGGAAUACCUGAAGAAGAGACACCGGAAAACCCAGAAGACUUAUGACUCCCUCUGGAAAGACUACAUCCGUCAGAGUCAGGAGAUAGAGAAGAAGAGGCGAGAACUGCUCAAAAGCUUCAACUCACGCACGGCCAACCUUGAGAAGCAGCUGAUGGAGGGCAAGAAGCUGGAUGCCAGCUUGAAGAAGAAGCUGAAGGCCCUGAGGCCUGUUGAACAGGUAAAGCAGAGCCAGGACAGAAAUAUCCAGGACUUAGAGGAUGAGGAAUUCAGCAUAGUAGCUGACACUCCUUUCAUGGAUCGAGAGAAACACUUGAAGUUCCUGAAGGAUAGGGCCGCCUUGGAGGAGCAAGUGGAGGAGCUGAACCUGCUGGAGUCGGGUGAGGCCAUUACCAGGGAGCUGAGGAAGAAGGCCAAGGCCUUGGAGACUAUGGCCAAACAGGCUCAGAAGGACUUCUGCCAGGGUAUGCAUGCUGAGAAUAAGCGGCUGUGGGCACAGAUCCAUCAGCUGGAUCAGGAUUUCUCUAAGCUGGAGGCCAGAAGAGAAAAGCUAGAACAGCGAAAGCAACAGUGGAAAGAGCAGCACUGGUACUUGGAGGCCCUGGCCCGAGGGAGGCAGCGCUUGCAGCAGCUGGAGCGCCGCACCCUUAAACCACAGGCUGCUCCUCAGCCAAUACAGAGCCGUCUACUGGGUGCCAGGCUGAAAACCAAUCCAAAGUAAUGGCUGCCCUGUCCAGGAAGCAGACUGGAGCUGAAGUUGGGAGCACUACACAAAGAAUAAAGAUGCUUUCAGACAAUGCAAGGACAGAAGUGCCAAGGGAAUGGAGGGCUGAUCUUCUCAGAGGGGCAGAGGGGGCCUGACCUGGACUGCAUCCCCCCCCCCCACAGCAGCCCGAAGGACUACCCUAACUGCAAGUUUCACAGCUUUCGGGAAGCUUUGCUCUUUAGACUCUAUUCCUUCAUGUUCCCUGUUGCAGUGUAGACUCUGGUGCUCAAUUUCUUCUCUAGUGGACUUCAUGACAACAGGGUGCACUUUGUAACUCCUUCCACACAGUCACCCCAUCUCACAGUAGUAGCUUCUGAGACUUAGGAGGGUGCAUGCUGUUAUUUGGGGAAUUGCCUUCUUUGCAUUUGUGCCUGGCUGAGGCUGCACUGCUUUGCAGAGCUGUGGGUCGUGAUGUGGAGUGAGGCCCCAUGUUUGGGCCAUGUGCUCCUGUGUGACAAAAUACAACCAGCUCUCUGCGUCCUGGGCAUUGCUCCAGGCCCAAAGCCUCAGUAUUACACUGUAGAAUUUUAACCUUUACUUAGCUAUGAGAUGAUCUUAUAUAA